AUGUCGACUUACAAGCUUUACUAUUUUAAUGUACGUGGUGUUGCUGAAGUAUCGCGCUUGAUUUUUGUUGCUGCCGACCAAAAGUAUGAAGAUAUUCGUUUUGAGCGCGAUCAAUGGCCAGCUCACAAGAGUCAGAUGCCUUUAGGUCAACUGCCUGUCCUUGAAGUCGAUGGCGUCCAACUACCACAAUCAGCAGCAAUUGGUCGUUUUCUUGCUAAAAAAUUUCAUCUCGCUGGCAAAGACGAUUUUGAACAAGCAGAAGCUGAUGCUGUCGUAGAUACAAUCUAUGAUAUCAUAAAAGCAUAUUCACCCGUUUCACAGGAACCAGAUCAAUCGAAAAAGCAAGAAUUGACAAAAAAGUUCUUUGCGGAACAAUUACCAAAACAUUUACAAAAUCUUGAAAUUCUCGGUAAAUUAUACGGAAAUGGUGGUGUAUACUUUGUGGACAAUCACCUUACAUGGGCUGAUCUAUUCUUUCACACAUUUGGCGAAACUCUUCUCGGAAUAGACGAACACAUAUUGAACAAUCAUCCAUGGCUAAAGCAAAAUCGUACAGAAGUGGAAAAACAUCCUCGGAUUGCCGAAUAUCUCAAGAAUCGAUCCAAAUCACCGUUUUAA